GCCAAUAUCUCUCCCUGGCUAGGCUUGAACUCUCCUUCUCUCAAACACAUAGAAAAAAAAAAGACAAACAGGAAAAAGGGGGGCAAGUGAGCGGCAACCUAUCUCCAGCUGUGGCCGUUUUCUUGAACCAUAAUUUGAUUUGGGGCAAGAAUAACAGAGCGAGAUGGGUGGGGGAAGAGAUUUUCCUGGUGUGAGCCAUUAGAAAGGGCUUUCUACGGACAGAGGAGAGGCAGCACACAGGGAUAGGCCGCGAGUCAUUAGUUCUUGGUGGACAAGCACUGACAAAAGGCUGGGAGAAGCAUGGACGCCUGCAGAGCAACCAUGGACGGCUGAGCAAACAGACUCCGUAACAGUUAUUUUUUAAAGAAGCCCACAGAGGACCUCGCCACAGCCUUCGCUACAUCCAGCGAGGAAGAGAGCACUUCCUUGUGUCGAAGAUCUAAGGCUGUUUGUGUAUUUCUUCACGUGAGCCGGCAGCCUCAGAAGACGACACUUGAAAGCCGCCGCCGUGUUGUUUUGCUUUUUUUUGCGGUGAUCUGGAAUAUCUUCAUUGUGGGUCACGAUGCCACUGAGCGGAUUAGAGCAGAAGAGGAAGGCUGUCUCGCUGGAUAGAAGGAAGAUCUAACGGAUUCAUCCGACCAGGGGAAUACAUUCUCAGUGAGAGUGGACCAGCUUGACCAGACACUGCUCAGCAAGAAGAAGGGAACAAAGAAAGAGCAUGACGCUGAAAUUCACACACAAACUAAUCUAAAAAAAAAAAAAAGUUGCAUCACCAAGACUGUUUCCAGGUCAGAGUGGAGUGGGAGGAGACUAGACUGCCCUUGUUUUUCCCUCCUCCUCCUCCUCACCGCCUGCUUUCCCCGAUCAGUUAGUUUCACAUGGGUUUAUGACCCAAACCAGCACGUGAGCGCCGAAAUACUCUACAAGGAAAACCGGACUUUUCAUGUUACCGUGACAGCAAGCAGGAAUUCAGGCUCUGGAAUUCGGGCUGUCGAAUUUUCCUCCGCGGUGUUCGGUAACCAAGCGAUGGCCAUGGUGAGUGGGGGCUGGGGAGAUCCCAACGGAGGCACCAACGGGCUGGGGGACAAGAUUUACCUGAAGGGGGAGGAGGACGACGGCUCCCCGCAAGCCGGGGGCAGCGACAUGGAGGCCGGCGAAGACGACAAAGGCUGCGUGGUGGACUGCGUGGUGUGCGGGGACAAGUCCAGCGGGAAGCACUACGGCGUGUUUACGUGCGAGGGCUGCAAGAGCUUCUUCAAGAGGAGCGUCCGACGGAACCUCAGCUAUACCUGCAGGUCAAACAGAGAGUGUCAAAUCGACCAACACCACCGGAACCAAUGCCAGUACUGCCGCCUCAAGAAGUGUUUCCGUGUGGGGAUGCGCAAAGAAGCAGUUCAACGCGGUCGCAUCCCCCCUCAGCCUAGCCUCAGCCCCUCCAUCACACCCUUAGGUGGCGCCAGCGGCCUGGGCGGUAAUGAGUUCUACAACAACAACAACAACAAUGGAGGAAGCGGCGGGCAGCCCGUGUCCGAGCUGAUAUCGCAGCUGCUGAGAGCUGAGCCGUACCCCAACAGUCGCUACGGUCACCAGUAUAACCAGCAGGCGGGUCCAGACAGCGCCAUGGGCAUCGAUAACAUCUGCGAGCUGGCCGCACGGCUGCUCUUCAGCACGGUGGAGUGGGCGAGGAACAUCCCCUACUUCCCAGAGCUGCCAGUGUCGGACCAGGUGGCGCUGUUGAGGCUGAGCUGGAGCGAGCUCUUCAUCCUGAAUGCGGCCCAGUCGGCCCUGCCGCUCCACAUGGCUCCCCUGCUGGCCGCCGCCGGCUUCCACUCCUCGCCCAUGUCGGCUGAGCGUGUGGUGUCCUUCAUGGACCAGGUCAGGGUGUUCCAGGACCAGGUGGACAAGCUGACCAGACUGCAGGUGGACUCACCCGAGUACAGCUGCCUCAAGGCCAUCGCCCUCUUCUCACCAGACGCCUGCGGUCUCACAGACCCGGUCCAUGUGGAGUCCCUGCAGGAGAAGGCCCAGGUGGCUCUGACCGAGUACGAGCGGAUACAGUACCCAAGUCAGCCCCAGCGCUUCGGCCGCCUGCUCCUGCGACUCCCCGCCCUGCGAGCCGUCCCCGCCAACCUCAUCUCCCAGCUCUUCUUCAUGCGCCUGGUAGGAAAGACCCCGAUCGAGACGCUCAUUCGUGACAUGCAGCUCUCCGGAAGCUCCAUCAGCUGGCCCUACGUCCCAGGACAGUAACCCUCGUGUGGUGACGUCAAGAACCAGCAGGAAACCCUCCUGACUCAUCCAAUCCAUGUGUGGUUCAUGAGCAGCCAGUCAUCACAUGCACUGUAAAGUAAAGGCUUGGGUUCCCUUUAUCAGGGAGCCAGUGCCAGACCGGGUCAGUCUUUCAGUCCAUCAUCCAGAGAACACACCUCAUGCUGGGCUCUGACACGACCUCCGCAGCCAAACCUGUCACCAUACACAGACUGGAGACGCUGUAGAGGGCAGCCUCAUUCUGUUUACUGAACAAAUGUCUCCUGCUGAUAAACAAAACUGCUUUUUACCCGUCGAACUGGCGACAUGAAACCCCACUCACGACGGUGUCACCCACACUGUGAUGCAACUGAGACUGGCACAGUAAACUGUCGGCACAGUCGGUGACCCAGUCGAGGAGCUGCUGGAGUGAUACCAAGGAAUAUUCACCAAAGUUAUUUCAUCAGAUGUUUCCUGAAGAGUGCAAAGGAGACGGAGCUUGAUGGACUUUCAUCUGUGGACACUGCAUUGAAUCAUCCACAGGGCUCAUCUAAGACUUGGACGACAGUUUUGAAGCAACAUUUUGGGACUAAUACCUCACGAGACAUGGAAACGAUGAAGUGUCGUCAAAAGAAACCUCUAAAUGUUCAUCACCAGAAACCGCCUUCUUUUUGACAACUGCCUUGUGAUUCAGUCUGACACCAGUUUCAUGAGUGUGUUUGAAAAUCCCCCCUUAUUUACAGUGGAAGAGAUGGGAGAGCUGAGGAUACAUGCGAGAAAAGAAAUGAAUAUUGUGGGCAGAUGAACCGGUAUUUAAAUGUGAGUCAGGGUCAUGACGUCAGCUUGUCUUUAUUUAGAAAUGAUCACUUUAUGGAGGCAUCAUUCCCUCAAAUGGACUGAAGUGUAUAUAUGAAUGCCAACUUUGUUUUCUGUUUUGCAUGUUUACAUUCUUUUGGAUAUUUGCUGAGUUUGGAUUUUUUUCAAGAUGAAAUGAAACUUCCUUUUAACAUUUAAUAUUGCUUUGACUUUUAGCUCCUAAAUGUUUUUGUACAUGUGUUUACAUGGAAAUACCUCCGUUUCUGUGGAUGAUGUCAAAAACAGUAGCCUAACCCUCACACACACGUCGCACAGUUACUGUGACACACCGAGGACACGGUCAUGUGACGUCAAAAGAGUCGGGCGGUAAAAACCCUAAUGAAGCAAACCAUUCUGGUUCUGGUGUCCAGGACUUACCUCACACACGGCGAAUUCUGAAUAUGUCACAGAUCGAGAAAACAUUGGACACAAAUGUCCCCUUUUAUUGAUGGAAAACUUUCCGAGAAGAAAAGAUAAAUAUUAAUGUUUUCUUACCUUUGUGUUACUAAGUUUUUGUAUGUGUGUGGUUAUCAAAAGAAUCAAAAGAUGUGUCUUUUGUUAUGUCCGUUUGUUUUUUCAAACUACUUGAAAAAGUGUUGUAUCUACAUCUGUAUGAGGAAAAUGCCAAAUAAACACUGCAACAUGCCACGUGCCAUACCUG